GUCGACUCGGCGGCUUAGUGAGACUUCCUCCACCUUGUUCGAUCGCUUCCGAGUGUGUGUUUUGGGGCUUUGUUUCGUUUCGUGUUGUUUUCCACCUGGAUGUGACGCACGAAGGACCCGACGGGUCUAGAGCCGGAGGCUUCCCAAGAUGGCGAACCGUACGGUGAAGGAUGCCCACAGCAUCCACGGCACCAACCCGCAGUAUCUGGUGGAGAAGAUCAUUCGGACGCGCAUCUACGAGUCCAAGUACUGGAAGGAGGAAUGCUUUGGGCUUACAGCUGAACUUGUAGUCGAUAAAGCCAUGGAGUUAAGGUUUGUGGGUGGUGUUUAUGGCGGCAACAUAAAGCCAACUCCCUUUCUGUGUUUGACCUUGAAGAUGCUACAGAUUCAACCUGAGAAGGAUAUCAUUGUAGAGUUUAUCAAAAACGAAGACUUCAAGUAUGUCCGCAUGUUGGGGGCCCUUUACAUGAGACUGACAGGCACAGCAAUUGACUGUUACAAGUACUUGGAGCCUCUCUACAAUGACUAUCGGAAAAUCAAGAGCCAAAACCGAAAUGGGGAAUUUGAACUGAUGCAUGUGGACGAGUUUAUUGAUGAGCUACUACAUAGUGAGAGAGUCUGUGACAUUAUUCUGCCCCGACUACAGAAGCGCUAUGUGCUGGAAGAAGCUGAACAAUUGGAGCCUCGGGUUAGUGCCCUAGAAGAGGACAUGGAUGACGUGGAGUCCAGUGAAGAGGAGGAGGAAGAAGAUGAGAAGCUGGAGAGAGUGCCCUCACCUGAUCACCGCAGGAGAAGCUACAGAGACUUGGACAAGCCCCGUCGCUCUCCCACGCUGCGCUACAGGAGGAGUAGGAGUCGGUCUCCCAGAAGGCGGAGUCGGUCUCCCAAGAGGAGGAGCCCUUCCCCACGCCGAGAAAGACAUAGGAGCAAGAGUCCAAGACGGCACCGCAGUAGGUCCCGAGAUCGACGGCACAGAUCCCGCUCCAAGUCCCCAGGUCACCACCACAGUCAUAGACACAGGAGCCACUCAAAGUCCCCUGAAAGGUCUAAGAAAAGCCACAAGAAGAGCCGGAGAGGGAAUGAAUAAUGGACUGAUUUUCAUCCACAUGUCCUCCGAUGGAUAUGAGAUUAUCUGUCUGUGGAGGGAUUGAUUCCUUCCCUAGGCAGCUAUGAGAAUAUUUUUUUCUUACUGAAAAUUUUUCCAAUUUUUGAAAAAAGAAAGAAGUGCUGUUUUAUACACUCACCUUUGACUGUAGCAAUUAAAUUUGAGGGUAGGAGGGAAUUUGAAUGGGUGCGGGUGUGUGCAUGUAUGCGCACACUGGGGGAAGACAAAGGAUGUGACCAUAUGCUGAUCUUUUGUUAUUUAACAUGACACACAAAUUCCCAGUUUCCUUUCUUUUGCUUAGUGAUAGAUCUCCUGGAGCCAUCUGGGAUUUGUGUUGUUAUUCAGAGAUCAAUUCAGUAGAACAUACUUUUUUUUUUUUAACCAGCAGCAGCAAGUGAUAAUAUCUACACUGACUUGUUAACAGCUUUGCAGAAACAAUGCAAUCACAUAUAAGCCUCAUCCUCCUGGAUCUAUUAGUCCAUUGUCAUUGAACAGGUCAACAAACAGGAACUCUUAAAAGCCUUCUCCCUUGCAUCCCAACACAAUUGUUCUUCCCCAGUAGCCUUGAAUUCCAGGAUAAGGAAUAAAACCUUUAUCUUAACAAGUGGUUACUUUAUCUUAGCCUAUUCAGUAAUAAUAGAGCAAUGGGAUUGAAAAGGGUUUGGUAGAGAAGUUAUUGUGUAGUGUCACACAAUUUUAUUAAGUAGACAGGGUUGUCAUUCACUUCAGGAAGCGACCAAGUUUUAAAACUUAUCAAGAGUGUGGUGGUAAAGUUUAAUUUUAGACAGCUGUGGUACAUCUGCUGACCCCUGCUGGCAUAGUGGGUUACUUGUUGGGCUGCUAACCAAAAAGGUCAGCCAUUUGAAAUCACCAGCUGCUCCAAGGAAAAGAUGAGGCCUUUUACUCCGGAACACAGAGUCCUGGAACCCCGACUGUAUAUGAGUCAGACUCGAUGGCAAUGAGUUUGGGAUUUUGUUUAUUUCUUUUAGUAUACCUGGCAGUCCUGUUCUUUCCCAAAGCACCUGGGAAAGAACACUUGGCAGUCUGCAUUUGAGAAGCAAGAUGCAAACAGCUGGUAAAAGCUCUGGAGCAUAGUUCUAUUCUCGUGCAAAUGUGGUUGCCCUGGGACAGAAUCAACUUGAAGGGACAGAUUUCUUUAGGGUGUGUCUACAAAAAGACCAGACAGUAGACAAGCCCCAGUUUUCACUACCUGUGGAAGGAGUUUAAUUAGAUGAAAUUGUCCAGGAAACACGUAAACAACACCAACAUGGGUAAAGGAGGAAAAGCAGCCACCAAUUGAAAACUGACAUGGGUCAUAAAAGAAUUAGUUGAGAAUGUCAAAAACAGCCAAAGGUCUAAGAUGACAAAAGAUGGUAGUGAUUUUAUUAAAGCAAUUUCUUAUACUUUCCUCCUUUAAAAAAUGAGGAAAUUUAUUGUAUGGAUUUAUUCACACUUAUCCUAGCAGGAACUGAAGACCAACUGCCUUGUCACAGGCUGCAGUUUCUUAUUAUCAAUUAAUUCAGUAUCAGAUCUUAGGGUAAACAUUCCAUUAUUUGCUACUAAACUGAAGAAACAAGACACAAGUUCUCUUACGACAAUAAUAAAUAAUUUUUCCGUCACUUGAGAACUUUUGUUUUUCUUCAAAGACUUCCUCAUGAGUUGAAAAAGGUCCAUAAGACGGUUUGUGAUACACUUAAAAUUAGAUAUACGCAUACCUAUUUUAAGUCUGUUAAGGAGUACCAGUGAUUUGGGCAGAAAGAAACAAAUCGAAUAAGCUACCAUCUAGUAUAGCAUUAACAAAAUUUUAAGCGUGCGCCUUUGCCUCCCAACAUACUGAAAAACUCUUGCUAAAAUUUCUAGAUAUGGUAAAUUGAACAUAGGCAACCUCUAAUAGGAAGCAUGUGGUUCACAUUCUUAAACCCUUAAAGGACAUUUAUUCAAUGGGGCUUCAAAAAGUUCAUGAAAUAAUUUCAUCAUGUAAAUCCAUGUUUUCAUUAACUUUCCGAAUGCCCUUCAGACCCCAACUACAUUUUGCUCUGGGGUUUUGGUGGGAAGCACCUAUCCCACUUCUGGUACAUGCAGCCCUAGGUGGGACCUGGUAUAAAUGCUUGAAUCUGAAAAAAAUAGGCCGCCUCCCCCAACCUCAGAUUUCCUCUCCUUGAGACAAAUGCAUCUUGCUAAUUACAUCACACUAUCAAAGAUAUUUGUCAGCUAAUACGCCAACUGGAAAAGUUUCAGUGUUGAAAAGAGUUGUCAUGGUGUGUUAAUUAGAACAAAAAGUUAACAGUGGGGUAUACUGAAUAUAUCUUAGAGCACUUGUUGAUAAAUUACAGAGAUGCACUUAAAAGCUAAGGGGUCAAAAAAUUAAAAAAAGCUAAGGGGUCGUUUUCUGUGGUCUAUGUGGUAGCCUACUAGACAAGGCCUUUAAACAUGUUGACUAUAGCCAGCAUUAAAUACAUUUUACAUCUUGCCUCUGUAUACACAUACAAUUCCAUGAAACAAAUCUUACCAAUUAUGAAAAGUACAUUUUUACCAUUCUGUUUUUAAUGUAUAUAAACCACUUUACUGAUCCAGUUUCUAUUGUGUGAAAUAUCCUGCUUUUGGCAAUACAAAAUGAAGGGAAUGCGUUCCAAUUGAGGACAAUGGAUUUGGUGAGAAGGUAUAUAACAACUAAUCAUUUCACUUUAUAACCCCUCCCUAUUGUUUUUCAAUACUAGACCUGAUAAAAUUUAAACAUGAAUCAGAGUAGAAUCAUCACAAAUGUCACUCCCUCUCCCAAGAGAGGUUAAACUUUUAACUGUUAAAGGGACAUGCAACAAAUUUUGUACAGAUGCAAAGAUAAAGCAGAGCAUGAGCUAUUUAAACAUUUCAAGUACAUGGUUUCAGAGGAGAUAAAAGAUAAACUGGUGGAAUUUAAAGAUUUUUUUUUUAAGUUGUAGAAAGCCUUAUUAAAAGUUACAAAAUGUGACAGGAAGAAAUAUGAAAUGGAAAGGAACAAAAAACUAUAAAGCUGAUACACGCAAGAUAAUUUAUUUUUUAAAAUCCUGAAGAAAAAAAAAAUCAACUGAGCACCCAAGUCAUAGUGGGGAUAUAAAAUGGCCUCAAAUGCUAGGGGAAUCUUACCUCCAGAAGACAGUGAAGCAACAGUCUCCAAAACUGAAGAAAAUAAAGUUUAAGGAAUCCUAACACCUAGCCAAAGAUGUCUACAAAACGGAUAAACACAUUCAACCCAGAACUUAAUGUAAUAACCUAGAUUCCUGCUUUAAAAACUUAUAAUGAAGUUCAAUUGAAUUAUGACCUUAGGAACAGAAUUAUCACUAAAUAAAAUUCAAAUACAUAGUGGGAAAUUAUAGUAGAGUUCAAAUUAGUAACAGUAUGUUAAUAUUUAACAGAAAUAAUAAAACAGUGGAGGAUAUGCAAAGUGCUGGUUUCAUCAUUCCUAGCAGGACUCAAUAUAAUUGAAUAUAUAGUUAUAAAACACCAACUUCUAUAAUUAUCCUUAGUAGGAGGCAUUAUUUAGAACUAGAUUUGGGGAGGUGGGGAGCACUAAAAUUCAGUAUCAUGUUUUAUUAUUUCUGUUAAUCUAAAUAUUAAAGAUAGUAUAUGAGCCCACUUUUAUAAAAAUAUGCCUAAAUGCUUAAGGCAAGUUUGUAUUCAAGUUCACCAGAUAUCGAUUUAUGACUGAUGGAUUUGUGUGAUUUUCACACUUUGGUUAUACUUGCACAUAAAAGAAAAUGAUCAGAUUUUAAAGUGGCUUGUUUGAAAUUUAAUGCUGUUUUUUUAAAAGCUAUCAGCAUAUUUCAUAGUAAUGUUUGUUAGAACGGAAAAUCAGAAAUCUAUUUUCUGAAGAACAUUUUAAGCAAUAUGUAGCAAAAAUCUUAGAUCCUUUAUCCUUUCACCCAAUGACCACUGGUUACAAGAAUUUACCCUAAAGGAAAUACACGUAUACACAAAAAACUUUAUUUCAUUUUGCUGUAUCAUAUGAGAAAAAUUAUGAAAAGCAAAAAAGGUCCAACUGUUGAAGAGUAAGUAUUAUCAAACUCGUUGCAUUGAGUUGAUUCUGACUCCGCUAGGAUUCCCAAGGCUGUAACCUAUAUGAAAGCAGACGGCCAGAUUUCCCUCUUGGAGAGCCGCUGAUGGGGUUUGAAACACACCUUUCAAGUUAGCAGGUGAACACUUCAACCACUGAGCUACCAGGGCUCCAAAUAUUUUAUCACCUCUGCCAUCCAGUUGUUAACUCACAGCAACCAUGUAAGCAUAGAACUGCCCGUGUGGGUUUCUAUGACCGUCGCUCUACAGAAGAGUCAUCUUUUCUCCCUCACUACACAGUAUGUCAUUACUAUUCGUAGUUUAAAUAACAUUUAAUGGCAUGGGGAAAUAUUUUUUUCUCCUUGUCAUUAAACAUAUCAGAUUUCAAAAACUAUAUAAUCUCAGUAUAUAUAGUUCUCUAAGACUGCUAAUUAUACAAUUUGUAUUUCCUCAAAUAUUUAAGGUCACAACUUUUAAGGUAGAGCUACUACUGCAUAUAUUAUAAACUAAGACUUCUAUUUUUCAACUUUAAACAGCAUUGCCAGUUCUAGCAAUUGCUGAAGGAGGUGCUAGCACAUGUGAAAGCACAUGUGAAACCCCUCAUAUACAAAAAUAAAACAUUACAAUGAACAUCUUUAUACUCUCACCACCUAACCUAGAGCUAUUCUCCAACUAGAGUUAAAACAAAACAAUAAUUUAAAAGAAACUCUUGAAUGUUCCAAGGCAGAUUUUAACCAAAGUAUAAGUUGGGCCCUAAGGGAUGCUGAAAUUAUAGUGUAUUAACAUGCAAACAGUACAUACACCUGGAUAUUAAUAAAUGCCUUUUCAAGCUUUUAACUAUGGAAAGGAAAACUCAAUUUCCAGCAAAAGACUAGGCAUUCCUCUAUUAGGAUAUAUGUCAGGAGCCCAGGUGUUCUAAAUAACACAUACCUCAGGAAAAAAUUGCUACCUCUAAAUAUAUUUUAUCACUUAUUCUGAACCUUUUAAAAUACAUCUAUGUCAUUUAGUCUAUGAAUCUCUUGGCACCUUUUAAACAGACAAGACAAAAAUCUCACCAACAGUAAAAUCUGCCACUGUCAACACAAGUCUGAAUUCUAACUUCUAUAAUUACUGAUUGUAUACACAUUAUUAGUAACCUAAUUAGCAUCCCAGCAAAUUUAUCUUCCAGGUUGUAGUACAAGAUUUGGAAUAGUCUGGCACAUGAUGGGUCCUUAGUAGAUAAAAGUCAUCUCCACUCUUUUGGCAAUAGUCUUAGUGUUUAAAAUCUCUACUCCAAAAGACGUUUGUUUGUUUUUUAAAAUAAAGAUGUUUGUUUUGAUUCUA